AUGUAAUAAAAAGCUUUUAUGAGAAACGUGAAGAAUCAAAACAAAACAAAAUAUUAAAAUUUGUAGAAAAACUAUAGAAAAUAUUUUAUCAAGCUAAACCCAAAAUGAUGGUGCAACUUGGAUACGCUCAAGAACAGGAAUCUUGGCUUUUGACAAAUCGGUUUUUCCCUUCAAAAAUCGGAAAGAAACCAUCAUGGUUGGAAUUAACCAACAUUCCUAAAGCAGAAGAUUUGCUUUGUGAUUUUUGUCAAGAACCCUGCAUCUUUUUAUGUCAAAUUUAUGCUGGAUCAGCUCAUGUUAGCCAUGCAUUUCAUCGUUCAAUUUUUGUUUUCAUUUGCCGAAAUGGAAAGUGUUGUCAGGAAAAUCUUUCUGGAAAUAUAAAAGUAUUGCGAAGUCAGCUGGGUUUAAAAAAUCCUUUCUAUCCUGAUAAGCCGGCGAUUGAAAGCGAAGAUUCUGAAGAAAUUGAAGUUGAAGUGAAGCUUUGUAAACUUUGUGGAUGUCGUGGACCUUUAACAUGUUCCAAGUGUAAAGAAAGUAACUAUUGUAGCAAACUUCAUCAAAAACUUGAUUGGGGAACACAUAAAUUACGCUGUGGAAUAUCUGAAGAAACCGUGGACAUUUCUAAUAAAACUCUUUUUCCCGAAUUUGAAAUCGUCAUAGAACAGGAAAAUUCAGAUCAUGUUUCAAAGAAGGAAUCUGAAAAAGAUGCCGAAAAAAGACGACUGAAGGAAUAUGAAGACAUGGUGAAGUGUGUUGAGGCUGGUGAAAUGAGUAACGUUUACGAUGCAGACUUAAAUGAGCUUCCCGAAACAAAAGAGGAUAAAAAAUUUGGAAAGUUUAAAAAGACAAUUGAAGGAUAUGAAGAACAAGUUUUAAGAUACAAUCGUCAUGGAUCACCGUUAUGGAUUUCUGAUUACGGAAUUCUCGACCCUUCAAAAGUCCCAAAAUGUUCAAAUUGUAAUGGAAAAAGAACAUUUGAAUUUCAAAUAAUGCCACAAAUGUUGAAUGAACUUGAGAAUUAUGAACUCGAUUGGGGAAUAAUUGCAGUUUAUACAUGUGAAAAAGAUUGCGACAUCAUUGGAAAGUAUGCACCUGAAUAUUGUUACAAGCAAGAUCUGACGAAGGAUGACGAGCAGCAAAGUCAAAUUGACAUGGAAAAUAUGAAAGCAUCAAUUAAUGAACUUCAACAAACACGUGAUGAUAAGCAGAAAGUGAACAAUUUAAAUUCUACAUCUAAAGAAAUGAAGGAAUCAAAAUCAAAAAUUAAGUCGAAACAAAAGAAUACGAAAAAAGAAACAUUUGAAGAGAGUGACAUUUGGGAGUAACAAGUGAUGAAACAUGUUUUAUUCACUGUUCUUAUCAGAGUUUUAAAUAAAUAUAAUUCAUUUUAAAU